AUGGAGUUACUGGACUUGAGUUCUGUGGAUUUAAUUGCCAAGGGAAAUUCUUAUAUUUCCUCUCGCCAGAAUGCUGCGAAACAAUUGCUGGAUAAUGUUUUCAAAUUUCGAUUGGGCAGGGGAUUUUAUGGGGAGUGUCUGGGAACUAGAGUGGAUGGAAAUUCUGAGUUGAGCGAUGAAAUUGCCAAGCAACUUAGUGUAAAAAGUGCUGCAGCUGGUCUAAGAACGAAGGUGAUCAUGGUUGUGAUUAUUUUAUCUGGGUUGACGAAGAAGCUAUGCUCCCUGUUUCACAGUUCAAUGCCCAAAUAGCUGAUUAGGAGAAGAGUCUUGAACUGAACUGGCGAAAUUGACGUUACAGAUUGAUGCUGAGAAGUGCAAAAAUAAUAGCAUGGAAAAAAACUUAAGGAUGUCAUUGGCCACUUGUUUGAUUUUAGCAUUUUUGUUGUUGUCUUGUUUAGGGUUUAGUAUUUAGUGGCUUGUCUUAAAGUGCGAAAACAAUGUUGCCUAUUAAUUUUUGUUGAACUUCUUUUGUUGAUGUAGCUAUUAAUGUAUGAACUUUUACUCACCUUGCCAUUAAUUUGCAAAAUUAUUUCUUGUUGAUGGUGUUGGUGCAAUGAUGAUAUGAUUUGUACAUGAUAUGGCUAUGAUA